UCCAGGGGGUGUACCUGUUCAUCAAACUGCCUCACGCAACAUACAUUGAAACGGGAGAUAGGCUCUUGCUCCUAUGAGCAAUUCCGGCUCACACAAACCAAGGCUCGUGCAAGGCAAUUUACUUACUACUUACUUUCUUACUGUCGUACUUUCAAUACACAUACAUUUCCUGUUGAUUCGUUGUAGAAUGUGGACACUAAACGGCGUCGAGUGGCCUCAAAGAAGAGGGAGAUGAUAUGGCGUUCACUGUCGGGGUUCGAAGACACCGGGGGGCACAAUAUGCCAGCAGCACCAGAGCCCCUCCCCCUGGUGAUACGCCGGCCCUCUGGUCAGAAAACCCCUCCCAGCCCGAGUCCUGCCACCAGACCGGCACUAUCUCCUGGCAGGCCGAGAUCCAUGCUGCUCGUAACUCCCAGGGCGACGUCUCCCAGAGCAUGAGCGCCCGCAACUCUGUCCCUGGGGCCACGCCUGCACCGGUCGGCUCGUUGUCACAGAGGAAGAGGCAACAGUACGCCAAGAGCAAGAAGCAGGGCGGCUCCACCAACAGCAGGCCGCCCAGGGCCCUGUUCUGCCUCACCCUCAACAAUCCCAUCCGCAGAGCCUGCAUCAGCCUCGUGGAGUGGAAACCCUUUGAUAUCUUUAUACUGCUCUCUAUUUUUGCCAACUGUGUGGCCUUAGCUGUUUACAUCCCCUUCCCUGAGGACGACUCCAACUCCACCAACCACGACCUGGAAACAGUAGAAUAUGCCUUCCUGAUCAUCUUUACGAUAGAGACCUUUCUGAAGAUCAUAGCCUAUGGUUUAGUCAUGCAUCAGAACUCCUACGUAAGGAAUGGCUGGAACAUGUUAGAUUUUGUCAUUGUCAUUGUUGGGUUGUUCAGUGUAGUUCUGGAGGUGAUAACCAAAGAGGGUGAUGCGGGGGCUCAGGGGGGUAAACCAGGAGGCUUUGACGUCAAGGCCCUCCGAGCAUUCCGUGUGCUCCGCCCCCUUCGUCUUGUCUCAGGAGUACCCAGUUUACAGGUAGUGUUGAACGCCAUCAUUAAAGCCAUGGUUCCUCUGCUCCACAUCGCUCUGCUAGUCCUCUUCGUCAUCAUCAUCUAUGCCAUCAUCGGCCUGGAACUCUUCAUCGGCAAGAUGCACGCCACUUGCUACCUGGUGGGCACCGGCAUUCUGGCAGAGGAGGAGCCUGUUCCGUGUGCAAUGUCAGGCCAUGGGCGCCAGUGCAUGAUGAAUGGGACUGUGUGUAGAGAGGGAUGGCAUGGCCCCAACGGUGGCAUCACCAACUUUGACAACUUCCUGUUUGCCAUGCUUACUGUUUUCCAGUGUAUCACCAUGGAGGGCUGGACUGAUGUCCUCUACUGGAUGAAUGAUGCCAUGGGCUUUGAGCUGCCCUGGGUUUACUUCGUCAGUCUAGUCAUCUUCGGCUCCUUCUUCGUUCUCAACCUGGUUCUGGGAGUUUUAAGCGGAGAGUUUUCUAAGGAGAGAGAGAAGGCCAAGGCUCGUGGAGACUUCCAGAAGCUGAGAGAGAAGCAGCAGCUGGAGGAGGAUCUGAAGGGCUACCUGGACUGGAUCACUCAGGCCGAGGACAUCGACCCUGAGAAUGACGAGGAGGGGGACGAGGACGGGGGAAAACGCAACCCAAGCAAGCCCGCCAGCGAGACAGAGUCUGUGAACACUGACAACCCCAAUGGAGAGGACGAUAAGGCUAACUGCUGUGGACCACUCUGUCAGAAAAUUAUAAAAUCAAAGUACAGUCGGCGAUGGCGUCGCUGGAACCGGUUCUGCCGCAGGAAGUGUCGUGUUGCCGUGAAGUCAGUGUCUUUCUAUUGGCUGGUGAUCAUCCUGGUGUUUCUCAACACGCUCACCAUCUCGUCAGAGCACUACAACCAGCCUGACUGGCUCACUGAAGUACAGGAUGUGGCCAACAAGGUUCUGCUGGCUCUGUUUACGUGUGAGAUGCUGGUGAAGAUGUAUAGUCUGGGCCUGCAGGCCUACUUCGUGUCUCUGUUCAACCGCUUCGACUGCUUCGUGGUGUGUGGCGGCAUCGUGGAGACCAUCCUGGUGGAGCUGGCCAUCAUGUCUCCCCUGGGCAUCUCUGUGUUCCGCUGUGUCCGCCUGCUACGCAUCUUCAAGGUCACACGCCACUGGGCAUCUCUCAGUAACCUGGUGGCGUCGCUGCUCAACUCCAUGAAGUCCAUCGCCUCCCUCCUGCUCCUGCUCUUCCUCUUCAUCAUCAUCUUCUCUCUGUUGGGCAUGCAGCUCUUCGGCGGCAAGUUCAACUUCGACGAGACGAUAACCAAGAGGAGCACCUUCGACAACUUCCCCCAGGCACUACUCACAGUGUUUCAGAUCCUGACAGGCGAGGAUUGGAAUGCUGUGAUGUAUGAUGGCAUCAUGGCGUACGGUGGACCCUUCUCCUCAGGCAUGGUCGUCUGCAUCUACUUCAUCAUCCUCUUUGUCUGUGGAAACUACAUCCUGCUGAACGUCUUCUUGGCCAUCGCCGUUGACAACCUGGCAGAUGCAGAGAGCCUGAACACAGCCCAAAAGGAGGAAGAGGAGGAGAAGGAGAGGAAGAAGAGUGCCAGAGAUGAUACUGAUAAGAUGGAGGAGCUGAAACCUGAGGACCAGGAGGGGGAUCUCAAGGUUCCACUGGAGGAGGAAGAGGAGAAGGAGCCGUAUCCCACUCCAGACACUCCAGUUGGUGAUGAUGACAAUGAUGAUGAUAAUCUGCCAGAGGUUCCGGUUGGGCCACGCCCUCAAAGGCUGUCAGACCUCAGCAUCAAGGAGAAGACUCCGCCCAUCCCUGAGGGCAGUGCUUUCUUCAUCUUCAGCCACACUAACCCGGUCCGGGUGGCCUGCCACAAGCUGAUCAACCACCACAUCUUCACCAACCUCAUCCUGGUCUUCAUCAUGCUGAGCUCUGUGUCUCUGGCUGCUGAGGACCCCAUACGGAACUUCUCUGCACGCAACAUCAUACUUGGUUAUUUUGACUAUGCUUUCACGGCAAUCUUUACUGUUGAGAUCCUAUUGAAGAUGACAGCUUUUGGGGCUUUCCUCCAUAAAGGAGCCUUCUGCAGGAACUACUUCAACCUGCUGGACCUACUGGUGGUUGGAGUCUCUCUGGUGUCCUUUGGCAUUCAGUCAUCUGCCAUCUCUGUGGUGAAGAUCUUGCGUGUGUUGAGGGUGUUGCGGCCCCUGAGGGCCAUCAACAGAGCCAAGGGCCUCAAGCAUGUGGUCCAGUGUGUAUUUGUGGCCAUCAGGACCAUUGGCAACAUCAUGAUCGUCACCACGCUGCUACAGUUCAUGUUCGCCUGCAUAGGAGUGCAGCUAUUCAAGGGCAAGUUCUAUCGCUGCACAGACGAGGCCAAGUCCAGCCCAGAGGAAUGCAAAGGCACAUACAUCCUGUAUAAGGAUGGAGAUACAGCGUUGCCUGCAGUUAGGGAGAGGAUCUGGUACAACAGUGACUUCAACUUUGACAACGUCCUCAUGGCCAUGAUGGCUCUGUUCACCGUCUCUACAUUUGAAGGCUGGCCUGCUCUGCUGUACAAGGCCAUCGACUCCAACCGAGAGAAUAUGGGUCCCAUCUACAACUACCGCGUGGAGAUCUCCAUCUUCUUCAUCAUCUACAUCAUCAUCAUCGCCUUCUUCAUGAUGAACAUCUUUGUCGGUUUCGUCAUCGUCACCUUCCAGGAGCAGGGAGAGAAAGAGUACAAGAACUGUGAGCUGGACAAGAACCAGCGUCAGUGUGUGGAGUAUGCUCUGAAGGCUCGUCCACUGAGAAGGUACAUCCCUAAGAACCCCUACCAGUAUAAGUUCUGGUAUGUGGUCAACUCCACAGGCUUUGAGUACGUCAUGUUCGUCCUCAUCAUCCUCAACACACUGUGUCUGGCCAUCCAGCACUAUGGCCAGUCUCACCUGUUCAACUAUGCCAUGGACAUCCUCAACAUGGUCUUCACUGGCGUCUUUACUGUGGAGAUGAUCUUUAAACUCAUCGCCUUCAAACCCAGGCACUAUUUCGCUGAUGCAUGGAACACAUUUGAUGCCUUAAUUGUUGUUGGUAGCGUCGUUGACAUUGCAAUCACAGAGAUCAAUAACACAGAGGACAGCGCUCGCAUCUCCAUCACAUUCUUCCGUCUGUUUCGAGUCAUGCGAUUGGUCAAGCUGCUCAGCAGAGGGGAGGGCAUCCGAACGCUCCUGUGGACCUUCAUUAAGUCCUUCCAGGCUCUUCCCUAUGUUGCCCUUCUGAUAGCCAUGUUAUUCUUCAUCUAUGCUGUUAUUGGAAUGCAGGUGUUUGGAAAGAUUGCCUUGGUAGACCACACACAGAUUAACCGAAACAACAACUUCCAGACCUUUCCUCAAGCUGUCCUGAUGCUCUUCAGGUGUGCUACAGGUGAGGCGUGGCAGGAGAUCAUGCUGGCAUGUCUGCCAGGGAAGCUGUGUGACUCGGAGUCAGACUACAACCCUGGAGAGGAGAAAACCUGUGGCAGCGGAUUCGCCAUCAUCUACUUCAUCAGCUUCUACAUGCUCUGCGCCUUCCUGAUCAUCAACUUGUUUGUUGCUGUCAUCAUGGAUAACUUUGACUAUCUGACGCGUGAUUGGUCCAUUCUGGGCCCUCACCACCUGGAUGAGUUUAAAAGGAUCUGGUCUGAGUACGACCCUGAGGCCAAGGGCAGGAUAAAGCAUCUGGAUGUGGUGACCUUGCUGAGACGCAUCCAGCCCCCUCUAGGCUUCGGCAAGCUGUGUCCACACAGAGUGGCCUGCAAGAGACUGGUUGCAAUGAACAUGCCCCUGAACAGUGAUGGCACGGUCAUGUUCAAUGCCACUCUGUUUGCCUUGGUGAGGACCGCUCUGAAGAUCAAAACUGAAGGCAACUUGGAACAGGCCAAUGAGGAGUUGCGAGCGGUCAUCAAGAAGAUCUGGAAGAGGACCAGCAUGAAGCUGCUGGACCAAGUGGUGCCCCCUGCAGGCGAUGACGAGGUAACCGUGGGGAAGUUCUAUGCUACCUUCCUGAUACAGGACUACUUCAGGAAAUUCAAGAAACGCAAAGAGCAAGGCCUGGUGGGAAGACACUCAUUCUCCAGCCUGAACUCCACCAUCGCCCUCCAGGCUGGCCUCCGCACACUGCAUGAUAUUGGGCCCGAAAUUCGCCGAGUCAUAUCAUGUGACCUGCAAGACGAGGGCCUUGUAGACAUGAAUGCAGAAGAAGAUGACGAGGUGUCUAGGAGGAACGGCGUGCUGUUCGCCAACCACACCAAUCACGUUAACGGGGACCACCGGGGUUCUGUCACCCAGCGGCCCCUCCAGGUCCCGCCUCCUUCCUGCCACGCAUUCGUGGAGCCCUCUCAGGUUGGCUCUGAGGAAAGGGCUGGUGACCCCCACCCCUACAACCACUACUACCCCAAAUCCCCCAUGUCCUCCAACGCCAACCUCAACAACGCCAACAUCCCCACCCUGCCCUCCCUGACCAAAGGGGGGCAGCGGUGCUGUCUCCGCCGCGAGCACUCGUCCGCUAAUGGGGCACCCUCCUCCAGCUCGCAACGCAAGAGUGUUGACUUCGACACCCUCACCACGGUCCAGUCUGCAAGGAGGCUCUACUAUGAGACCUACAUUAGGUCAGAAUCAGGGGGUGUUCUGUACCCAACCAUCCGUAGAGAGAAGCCAGGGGGAGCGGACAGUGAUGAUGACAAGGGCUCAGGGGAAUACUUCAGUGGAGAGGAGUACCAGGAGGACGACCUCAUGUUGCACAAGGACAGGAUGCCCCAUAGGGAGUUUCAAGACCUUCAAACUGACUUGGACACAAAUGCAUCGAGGGGUUACCAUCAACCGGAUAGUCUCUAUGACGACGACCAACAACCCAUCUACCAAGAUGGUGGGCGGUCGCCAAAGCGACGGUUGUUCCCCUCUACACCCCAGGCACCCCACAGACCCUCCUUCAACUUUGAGUGUCUGCGGAGACAUAGCAGUCAGGAUGAUGACAUCCCCUUGACCCCUUCCGUUCCCCAUGGAACAGCUCUACCCCUGCAUCUGAUGCAGCAACAGGUGAUGGCAGUGGCUGGCCUGGACUCCAGCAGAGUCCAGCGUCUCUCUCCAUCACGCUCUCUACGUUCCUGGGCCACGCCCCCCACCUCCCCCAUUAGCAGGGAUCACUCCCCAUACUACACCCCCCUCAUCCAGGUGGACUGGCGUGGUCCCGGCAGUGUGAGCAGCACCCCUGGCUCUGUGAGAAGAAGCUCCUGGUACACUGACGCCCCGGAAGCCCCUUUGAGCCUCACCUACUCCCCCUCACAGCUCCAGAUCCCCCCAGAGUACCGCAGGCAGUACCACCAGAAGAUAGGCAGUGCCAACAGCCUAGUAGAGGCCGUGUUGAUUUCAGAAGGACUGGGGAAAUACGCCAAGGACCCCAAAUUUGUGGCGGCGACGAAGCAUGAGAUCGCGGACGCCUGCGAGAUGACCAUCGAUGAGAUGGAGAGUGCCGCCAGCAACCUGCUGAAUGGCAGUAUGGGUAAUGGAGCGGGGGCAACUGGGGCCACGGACAAAGUGACGGCCACGAACCUCAGGGACCGUAAUCUCCAUGACUACAGUGAUGAGGAGCCGGACACGAGUGUGAAAUGUGAAGAAGAUCUGACUGAUGAGAUGAUAUGCAUCAGCACCCUAUAGCAGUCAGUCACAUAGGCUGACAUGGCACCCUAUAGCAUUCAGUCACAUAGGCUGACAUGGCACCCUAUAGCAUUCAGUCACAUAGGCUGACAUGGCACCCUAUAGCAUUCAGUCACAUAGGCUGACAUGGCACCCUAUAGCAUUCAGUCACAUAGGCUGCAUUUGACAUGGCACCCUAUAGCUUUCAGUUACAUAGGCUGACAUGGCACCCUAUAGCAGUCAGUCACAUAGGCUGACAUGGCACCCUAUACCAUAUGAAGUGCACUAUAUAGGGAGAGAUGUGCCUUUUGGAGUGCCUUUCUUUCUGUGGAAUGAAUAGGUGGAUGGAAACACUGCCAGCUGGAGAGAACUGGAGGGAUGGAGGGACACGCUAAGGCUCCAACUACAGUGGAGUGGAGGGACACGCUAAGGAUCCAACUACAGUGGAGUGGAGGGACACGCUAAGGAUCCAACUACAGUGGAGUGGAGGGACAUGCUAAGGCUCCAACUACAGUGGAGUGGAGGGAUGGAGGGACACGCUAAGGAUCCAACUACAGAGGAGUGGAGGGAUGGAGGGACACGCUAAGGCUCCAACUACAGUGGAGUGGAGGGAUGGAUGGACAUGCUAAGGAUCCAACUACAGAGGAGUGGAGGGAUGGAGAGACACGCUAAGGCUCCAACUACAGUGGAGUGGAGGGACACGCUAAGGAACCAACUACAGUGGAGUGGAGGGACACGCUAAGGCUCCAACUACAGUGGAGUGGAGGGACACGCUAAGGAUCCAACUACAGUGGAGUGGAGGGAUGGAGGGACACGCUAAGGCUCCAACUACAGUGGAGUGGAGGGACACGCUAAGGAUCCAACUACAGUGGAGUGGAGGGACACGCUAAGGAUCCAACUACAGUGGAGUGGAGGGACACGCUAAGGCUCCAACUACAGUGGAGUGGAGGGAUGGAGGGACACGCUAAGGAUCCAACUACAGAGGAGUGGAGGGAUGGAGGGACACGCUAAGGCUCCAACUACAGUGGAGUGGAGGGAUGGAGGGACACGCUAAGGAUCCAACUACAGAGGAGUGGAGGGAUGGAGAGACACGCUAAGGGAUCCAACUACAGUGGAGUGGAGGGAUGGAGGGACACGCUAAGGCUCCAACUACAGUGGAGUGGAGGGAUGAAGGGACAUGCUAAGGCUCCAACUACAGUGGAGUGGAGGGACACGCUAAGGAUCCAACUACAGAGGAGUGGAGGGAUGGAGGGACACGCUAAGGCUCCAACUACAGUGGAGUGGAGGGACACGCUAAGGCUCCAACUACAGUGGAGUGGAGGGACACGCUAAGGUUCCAACUACAGUGGAGUGUAGGGAUGGAGGGACACGCUAAGGCUCCAACUACAGUGGAGUGGAGGGAUGGAGGGACACGCUAAGAAUCCAACUACAGAGGAGUUUCACCCAACUUUCUUUCUCUCUGUCUGGCAACACCCAGUGAACCGAGAGAUAUAGGUAGGGGUUGUCCCUUAGGGGAUGCAGUAAUGCUAGGUUUGCAGUCCACUCAGGAUGAGUAGGAUUAGUGUCACCGCCUCAAUGACUUCAUACAGAAAUCACAUAUCAGUGACAUCACGUUCCAAUCCUCAGGCAUAUCCCCCCUGCCUCCCAUUUGCCUUACCCUCUGCACAGAGAUACUGAGAAUAGUGAGUCAUAGGUGUAGUGGUGGCCAUUUUACAGACCACUUUUUGAAACUGUGAACAACCAACACACAAGAAAACAGUGUACUCAAAUAUCACACACUCAUUCCUGCCCAACCAAUCAAUCUUCAGGGAUGACAGGGUUCCGAUCGAUAGACACAUGUACAGGUACAGACACUAGAAGCCCUGUUGUUUUAGUGAAAGGAAAAAGCUAUUAAGUUGUAGAUAUUUUUUAAACCCUGUAAGAAAAAUAAACUGUAGAAAAGAGAUGCUUUAUAUUUGGUUAAUUAUGAAUCGUUACAGGUAUAGCAAUAUCGUCCCCAUGCCUAUGUUUUAUUUGUGAAUUAAUAUGAAAUUAUAUUUUAUAAUCUUGUCGCCUUUUUUUCCGCUAGAAUGCAUUAUGUUUAAGCAUAGCAGUUUAAGGAGGAUAAUAUUGAUGUAGAAUGACUAUGAUGUCAAAAAGAGCUGCUUUCACUGAAGUGUACGUACAGUAUGGCUGUACAGAAGGAGGGUUUACCAUUUACCAGCUUAGCUCACUGCCAACAGAAAUAAAUAGUUUCAGGUUACAUUGAGGACAACUGUUUUUAAUUGUGUAUUGUACAGCACUGGAGCAGUUUAACUGUUUACUGUGUUACUGUGCUUCUUCUUCAACUGGUUACUGUCAUAGAAAUGGGUUCAUUUCCUGUUAACCUUUACAAUAUGUGCAAUGAAAGGGCUCCUUAAAAAAACAAAAACAAAAGGGAAAAUCUAUGCUUUGAAGACACAUAGCUGUGGCCAAUAAGGCUGUAUGACUAAUAUGCAUUUUCCAAACGCGUAAAGUCAAGUUCAAUAUAAACGCAUGUCAUGUCAGGGAUCUUUGUGAAAUGGCGUCACAAAAUGUAAAUUCCUUAACAAUGGAAUAUAGUGUUUACAACUACUAGGUUUUCCUCAGCAUAACUACCAUCUUUCUCUCAACACCAAACAAUGCUCUCAGUUCAACACAUGAAUGAUGGCAUAGUGAUGGCAUAGUGAUGGCCACUUAGUGGGGUUUUAUCUAGAAGGGAUAAUACAGCUUUGGUCCAAAUGUACUUUUCAUAUAGCAGGUUAGGAGAAAUAGGUUAAGGUUAGGAAAAGCGUUAAGGUUAGCUAAAAAUAAUUUAAAAAAAGUUGUAUCCCAUCUAGAAAUGACCACUCAGUGAGUGUUUCGAGAGUGGGGUUCAAAUCCUGACAUAAUGGUAUGCAUGCAUGCCUUCCAGGACUGGUAAUGAUAACUACUGCACCAGAGGUUAUAUCACUGGCUCAAAUUGUCUUUGAGAUGGUGAGACUAUACUUUUCCUGGGGCUAUGUACAGUUGAACUCGGAAGUUUACAUACACUUAGGUUGGAGUCAUUAAAACUCAUUUUUCAACCACUCCACAAAUGUCUUGUUAACAAACUAUAGUUUUGGCAAGUCGGU